GAGUGAAAGCAGCCUCUGUUCACCUUCCCCCUAUGACUGGCUGAGGAGUUUUCUCAAAAGCUCUCUUUUCAGAAGGACUUAAUAGCCAUAUAAAUACUGCAGCCGGAGCCCUGGCGUCUCCACAGCCCCUGCUGCCACCCCACUCUGCCACCCUGUCUGGAGAACAUGUCCAGCCGAGUCGAGCACCCAGCUGGAGGCUACAGGAAGCUUUUUGAAACCGUGGAAGAGCUGUCUUCACCACUGCCCGCUCAUGUCCGAGGCAGAAUUCCGCCAUGGCUCACUGGCAGCCUCCUUCGAUGUGGGCCUGGUCUGUUUGAAGUUGGAAGUGAACCGUUUUACCAUCUAUUUGAUGGGCAAGCCCUUCUCCAUAAGUUUGACUUUAAGGAAGGCCGGGUCACGUAUCAUAGAAGGUUCAUCCGCACGGAUGCCUAUGUAAGGGCCAUGACUGAGAAGAGGAUCGUCCUGACGGAAUUCGGCACCUGCGCCUUCCCUGAUCCGUGCAAAAACAUCUUCUCCAGGUUUUUUUCUUACUUCCGAGGAGUGGAGGUCACCGACAAUGCCCUCGUCAAUAUCUACCCAGUGGGGGAAGAUUACUACGCCUGCACCGAGACCAAUUUCAUAACCAAGAUAAACCCGGAGACUCUGGAGACGAUUAAGCAGGUCGAUCUCUGCAACUAUGUCUCCGUCAAUGGUGCAUCAGCUCACCCCCACAUCGAAAAUGAUGGAACUGUUUAUAACAUUGGCAACUGCUUUGGGAAGAACUUUUCUAUUGCUUAUAACAUUGUCAGGAUUCCUCCCUUACAAGCAGACAAAGAAGACCCAAUAACCAAGUCGGAGGUGGUCGUCCAGUUUCCUUGCAGUGAUCGGCUGAAACCAUCUUAUGUCCACAGUUUUGGGCUGACUCCAAAUUACAUCGUGUUCGUGGAAACACCCGUCAAAAUUAACCUGCUCAAAUUCCUUUCUUCCUGGACUCUCUGGGGAGCCAACUACAUGGACUGCUUUGAGUCCAAUGAAACCAUGGGGGUGUGGCUUCAUGUGGCUGAUAAAAAACAAGGCAUGUACCUCAAUCACAAAUACAGAACGUCCUCUUUUAACCUCUUCCAUCACAUUAACACCUAUGAAGAGGGUAACUUUCUCAUUGUGGACCUUUGCUGCUGGAAAGGGUUUGAGUUCGUUUACAAUUAUUUGUAUUUAGCCAAUUUACGGGAGAACUGGGAGGAGGUCAAAAGAAACGCCACCAAGGCUCCCCAACCUGAAGUUCGGAGAUACGUCCUUCCCUUGACUAUCAACAAGGCUGACACAGGCAAGAAUUUGGUCAGUCUGCCCAACACCACAGCUGCCGCCAUUCUCUGUAGUGAUGAGACCGUCUGGCUGGAGCCAGAGGUCCUCUUCUCUGGGCCCCGCCAAGCUUUCGAGUUUCCCCAGAUCAAUUACCAAAAGUAUGGUGGGAAGCCCUACAUGUACGCAUAUGGCCUGGGCCUGAACCAUUUUGUUCCCGACAGGCUCUGUAAACUGAAUGUCAAAACUAAAGAAACGUGGCUGUGGCAAGAACCGGACUCCUACCCAUCAGAGCCCAUCUUUGUGUCCCACCCAGAUGCCCAGGAAGAGGAUGACGGAGUGGUUCUGAGCGUGGUGGUGAGCCCCGGGGUGGGGCAGAAGCCCGCUUACCUCCUGGUCCUCAAUGCCAAGGACAUGACUGAGAUGGCCCGGGCUGAAGUGGAAAUCAACAUCCCUGUCACCUUCCAUGGGCUGUUCAAAAAAUCCUGACCCUGGGUCAUUCUUCAGCACCAUCGAGACCCCCAGCAGCCCACCCUAGUCAUCCCCAUGGGCCGGGCCAUCCUUCCUUCUGUUCCUCUAGUCCUGCCCUGCUGAGCUGAGGGCACCUGACCCCGUCUUCACCACAAGCUCCUAGAGUGGCCCAAAUCUUCCCAGACAAUGCCUGAGGUCUCAUCCAGCAUUGGGCACUUUACUACCCUCAAAAAGAUCACCUUUGGGGUCCCUGAGAAGACCCCCUUGGACAGACUAUGGGGUACACUUAGAUGGUGUGAGUGUGGAUAUCAUUAAAACA